UGGAAACACUGAUAAUGACAGAGUUCACGGCGGACUGACAUAUGUUGUAUGUAUCAUGGGGUCUAUAAACUGUACCCGCGCGACAUUACAGAUUUAUAGAAGGUUGUCCCGAAAUGUCAACAACUCCUCUGAUACACAGGGAGAGAGGUUUGACGAUCCCGUCCACCGCGGUGUUCAUCGCUGGAGAAAUCGCGGGGACAGGAAUACUAGCUCUACCCAAGGCUGUGGAGGAUACAGGAUGGGCGGGACUACUUUUGAUUGUACUAUGUGCAGUCCUAUCAGCGUAUACAGGGAUACUGAUUGGUGAAGCUUGGACUGUAGCAGCUGAACUGUUCGACGACUGCAAAGGACAUGACAAAACCCCUAUCAGCUACUCGGGCAGAAAACCUACGGUAAAGCUGGCAGAUAUACAGUAUCCAUAUGCCUCCACAUCACCAUGUUCGGAGGAGCAGUCGUGUUUCUCCUCCUGGCCGCCGACAAUAUGGAAACCCUAGUGAAGGCCUUGGGACACGACAUAUCUUUCUGUUUCUGGCUGUUGAUAAUAGCUGGGUUCCUGGUCCCGUUCACCUGGUUCGGAACGCCAAAAGAUUUCUGGUUGAUUGCUUACGGGGCCACAAUAGCCACCGCGUCAGCCGCGGUCAUUAUUGUGGUCAGUAUUGGUUUGGAUGCCCCUAAACAGAAGACCGUUGAACAUGAGGAGGCUGACUUUCAGAAUAUUGCGCUAGCGCUGGGGACAAUAGUAUUUGGUCUUGGUGGUCACCCAGCUUUUCCUACCUUUCAAAUGGACAUGAAGCGACAGAAAGAUUUCAAGAAGGCAGUUAUUUACGGAUUCGUCAUUGUGACCCUCCUGUAUGUGCCAGUGACGUCUGCCGGGUUCUUUGUUUACGGUAAAACCCUACAAGCCAAUGUAUUAAACAACCUACCAUCUGGAGGACUGUCCUACGCUGUUCUUUUAUUGGUCACAAUUCACCUAUUGCUAGCCAUUGUCAUAGUCAUCAGUCCAGUCAUACAGGAAGUCGAAAUGGUACUCCAUGUACCCAGAGGAUUCACGUGGAAGAGAUGUGUUUCCAGGUUCCUGGUCGUUGCUUGCAUAUUGUUUGUGGCUGAGACUGUUCCUGAAUUCAACUCUCUUUUGUCCUUGAUCGGCGGAUCCUCAUUGACAAUGUUAGAUUUCAUAUGUCCUAUAUUAUUCUAUAUGAAACUUCAUAAGAUGAAGCAGGAAAUUAAUGGUAAAGUUACCCCAAACCAAAGUUUAGAGGCAUUGCAAGCGUCAUGGGAUGAGCAAACGGAACACAUACCAUUGUGGAAAAGAGUACUUAACUACGAGAUAAUGUGUAUAGGAGUCAUAGCUGGGGUUGCUGCCUCAAUGUCGGCCAUUAUCAACAUCGUCAGCCCCGAUUCAUUCUCCAUGCCCUGCUACGUCAACAUAAGUAGUGCUGCUACAUGAUUGUUGCAUAGGUUUCAUUACUGAACACAAUAUAAUGUUUAUCCAAAGCGACCUAAGAGAACAUCGUAUUCCUCUGCAUCACUUACUGUAGAAAUUGUCUAAGAUGUUCACAUGUUGGAUCAUUAGAAUAAUACAGGAAUGACUAACAGUGAAGGAAUUAUUUGCCUACGACAGAAAAGUUUACCUGACUGGGUUUUCAUCGCAGUACUCGCACUAUAUAAUGGGUGACCUUCAAUUAAUCAACGAUUUUAUCAAGCUCGUGCUAUACCACGCAUUAACGUCAAAUACAUUUUGUGUACAAUGGCGGCUUCAGAUUAAUGUGCAUCAAUACACACAAAUCGACGCAAGUGUGGAAAGAUUAAACUGAAUAUGAAAAAAAAGUUUAAUAUCAAGUAAAAAAUGAGAACAGCUUUUUUAACAAAAACAUCUAGCGGUUCUGAGUGUUAUAUUAAUUAAGUAGGUCAAUACAUUUAUUUAUCUUCAUACAUAUUUCAUUUUCCUAAUUUCUCUUUAUUCUGUUUAUUUGAUGAAUAAUAAUUGAUUUAAAACGUAAAAUAUCACGGCUUUUCAAAAUCAGAUAUUCAAAUAAUUUUUCAUAUUGUCAAAAUGCUUACAUCGCCUUCAUUUAGGAAUUAAAUGAUUUGUCACUGAAACUUUAUAAAAGCAGCUGGAAGAUCUAUUUAUAAAUAAUAGUAUUAUAUAAUAUAUGUGUGACUGCCUUUUUUGACAUAUUGUAUAACAGUUAAGUGUGUGUUG